GUUCACUUACAGACUUUGAGAUGAUCGUAAUUUCAUCUGAUAAUGGACCUGCGUAUGAUUGUUUUUGUAGCUGUGAUUCCAGUUAUGUCUGAUGUCACAGCAACCGACCCAAAACAAGACCCUACUGCAACUGCUGGGCCUGCAAAUGAUGUGACUGAAGGGUGGGUGCCUGAUUUUGAAAUCUGCAAUCAUACAGAAUACGCUGCAGCUAAAAUGAACCUUUUUGGACAUCUUGGCUUGGACAAGAAUGACUUUCAGAUUACCAGAAUGUGGCCCUUGUUAUUUGAGAACCAGCCUGCCGUAAUAUAUGCAGACCUAUAUGUGACCUCCAUCACAGAUGUGAAUGAAAAAGACCAGAGCCUCACCACACAAGUCAAAAUGAUAACUGUCUGGCCAAAUUCAAAUAUGCGGUGGAAUUAUACAAUGUAUUGUGAAAUGGAUUCAUUUGUAGCCCCCAAAAAUCUGUUCUGGACUCCAGACAUCAGCAUAAUAGAAAGCAUCAAGACAGAGUUUGGAACAAACGAGUCUCCAUAUGUGAAGUUGUUCUAUCAUGGCUUUAUAGCCUCAUCUGACAUUUUAACUCUGACCACGGCCUGUAAGAUGGAUCUCUACAAGUUUCCCUUUGACAGCCACACCUGCAAUAUAACACUGCAGUCUACAGCAUAUUCAAGUCAGGAGAUUAGAAUUACUAAAUUAACUGAUGCAGAAUGGAUGACCAUCCAGUCGAAAGAGACCUUUCAGAACCAGGGAGAGUGGGAGUUCAUCAGUAUAAAUGAGACUAACACUGUUGGCAAAGUUUUGUGGUUGGAAAUGGAUCAGCUGAUGUAUCAGAUUACCAUCAAGAGGAGACCUCGACUGUAUGUCAUUAACUUAAUUCUACCAAUAUUUGUAUUCCUUGUUCUGGAUGUGAUGUCCUUUGUCAUAGUUGGAAGUGGAACAGACAAGCUGAACUUCAAAAUGACUUUACUGCUGUCUAUUUCUGUGUUUCUGCUGAUUCUUAAUGACACACUGCCCUCUACGGCUGAACAAAUCCCACUGAUUG